UUUCGAUUCGCCGUCGCGCUGCUUCGAUUCGGCUCGGUUUGGGUGUGGGAGGCGUUAGGGUUAGGGUUGGGGUUGGGGUUGCGGGUGAUCUAUCCCCUCAUGAUGGUGCAGCUGCCGAGCUCCGGGAAGCGGCCGGCCGAGCCGGGGGCGGGGGCGGGGGCGGGGGCGGGGGCGACGGUGAAGUUGGAGGCGGAGGAGAUGCGCGGAGAGGAGGAGGAGGAGGAGGCGGCGGAGGGUGGCCCGCUCAGCAAGCGCGCCAGGGCGGGGCAGAUGGCCGCGCCGCUGGCGCCGGCGCCGGCGCCGCAGCAGGACAUGUAUCACAAUGUACUUGACGAGCCUAGCCCAUUGGGUCUGCGGCUGAGAAAAAGCCCAUCUCUCUUGGAUUUGAUUCAGAUGAGGCUUUCUCAAGCAAAUUCAAGUGCAGGACAGUCUUCAGUAGACAAUUGCAAUUCUGAGCCUCCCAAAAAGAAAGACCUCAAAUCAGGCACAUCAACAGCUGGGGAGCGCUUGAAAGCUUCAAACUUUCCUGCAAAUAUUUUAAGAAUCGGCACAUGGGAGUACAUAUCACGGUACGAAGGCGAUUUGGUGGCAAAAUGUUACUUCGCAAAACAUAAGCUUGUAUGGGAAGUUCUUGAAGGUGGUCUGAAGAGUAAGAUAGAAAUUCAGUGGUCGGACAUUACUGCUUUGAAGGCAUCUUGCCCUGAAAAUGGAGAAGGAACCUUGGAUGUGGUGUUGGCCCGACCACCUCUCUUCUUCAAAGAGACGGAUCCUCAGCCAAGGAAGCACACAUUGUGGCAGGCUACAUCUGAUUUCACUGGUGGCCAAGCAAGUAUGAACAGGAGGCAUUUUCUACAGUGUCCUUCAAGCCUGUUGAGCAAAAACUUUGAAAAGCUUCUCCAGUGCGAUCAGCGGCUAAACCAAUUGAGUCAGCAACCAGACAUCAUUUUGGACUCUCCUGUGUUUGAACCCAGAUGCUCUAUAUUUGAGGACCCAGUUGAAUCGAAGUGCCAAGGCUUUACUAAUUUGAAAGAUGAACAUGAAUUAUCUGGAUUUUCAGGUUCUCUGUCACCCUGUGCUGGUUCAUCCAUGUCUGCUAAGAUCGAAAUCAAUGAUUCCAUUACAACACAAGCUGAAUUUCCCGCUCAACCAGGAAACCCAGGACCUAGUGCAGUGAACGUUCAGGGAGUCAGCAGAAACGUAAAUGGUGCCCAAGAAUUAAAUAUCCCUGGCUGGUGGAGUCAACUCAAAGUGCCUGGGCUUAGACCGUCUAUGUCAGUGGAUGAUUUGGUAAACCACCUAGGAAAUUGCAUCUCGGAGCAGAUCACAUCAGUCAAUCCUUCAUUGCCCAGCAAUGAGGUGCCAACAAAAGAAACGCUGGAGGAGAUUGCUCAAUACCUUCUUGGUGAUGCACAAGGUCCACCGGCAUCAACAUCCGAUGAGAGAUCACUGAUGGCUAGGGUGGACUCCCUCUGCUGCUUGAUUCAGAAAGACACACCACCAGUGGCCAAGCCGAAGCCUGAGCCUAACGACAGCGAUAGCAUUGGUGGGGAGGACACUGAAGGUUCCGAUGAAGAAUUUAGCUCAGCAGCAUCAUCGAGGAAAACUACAGAUCCUGCCCAGCCACCUUCCAUGUCAAGGAAGGACUCUUUCGGAGAUCUGCUGAUGAACCUUCCCCGCAUUGCCUCAUUGCCGCAGUUCCUUUUCAAGAUACCAGAGGAUUCUGAGAACUGAAAAGCUGGAUAUCCUUCGCUCCUCAUUCCCUUAAAUGAGGGAAGCUGCUGUAAAAAAAGGAUUUGUACCUGAGCAAUAAUUAAGCCCCGACCCCCUCUCCCGUCUUUGGAUGAGAGCCGCUUCACUAGUGUUGAUCAUCCACCUUGUAAAUGUGUAAGCCAUUAGGUUGCCUCAGGUUGUGUCCAGGAUUGCUAUGGGGUCGUGGAGAAGUGUUCAUUGGUUCUUUUAACUUUGGCAUGCCCCUGUGCAAAA